AUGUUUAUGAACCAUUUUAUAAUCAAUUUUUUUAAUUAAUUACGUCUUAGACAGUAUUUUGAGACAUUAUCUGUGACUGAUAAAGAACAUUUGCGUGUCUGAUUCUUAUCUAUCUUUGACACAAAAUUGUCUCAGCCUUUUCUCAACUCUCGCGAAUGUAAAAUUUAUUAUGUGAGAAUGAAAAAUAAAGUAUUUAAAAGCACUAGACGAGUCCUCAGUCAUUAUCAGUCUGAAUUUUUGUUCUGAAAAGAUUAAAAGUAAAUUUUGCAAAGAUGCUGUUUAUAAUAAUAACAUUUACGUUAUUAGCUAUUGUCUGUGCAUUAACCCUUGCAUAUAUUAAUGGAAAAUACAAAUUUUUCAAGACUCGCAGGAUCGUCGGUCCGAAACCAGAAUUAUUUUUUGGAAAUAUGCGAGAAGCUUUUUUCAAACGUCGUCAUUUUUCCAGUAUCAUUGAUGAUUUUUAUCAAAUGUACAAGGACAGUGAACAAAUUAUUGGAUUUUACAAUAUCACUACUCCAUAUUAUCUUCUGACCUCACCAGAAGUGAUAAAGCAAGUUUUGGUCAAGGAUUUUAAGCAUUUUCGCAACAAUGAGUUCAGUGGCUUAUCAGAUAAGAAGAAAGAUCCCGUUAUGGCGCUAAAUCCUUUUGUGAUGCGUGAUGAAGAAUGGAAGGAAAAGAGGACUGAAGUUGCAACAGGAAUGACACAAAAUAGGUUAAAAUCAAUGUUCCCAUUAGUUCAAGAUGUAGGCAAACGAUUUGCUGAAUAUUUAAAAGUAGAACUAAAACACAAUCCGUCAAAAAGUUUUGAUUCGCGUGAGAUUUGUGUCCGAUAUACUUGUGACACAGUUUCAAGUUGUAUUUUUGGAAUUGACGGUGGUUCAUUCACAAAAAAGGAAUCUGAAAUUAUCAACAUGGGAAAUAAAAUGAUAAGAAGUAUUUCAGACGCGGCAAAAAGUUUUCUGCCAAAACGACUUAUGCCACAAGAUGUACAAGAUUUCUUCAUUUAUCUUAUGGAAGAAGCUAUAAAAUAUCGUGAUAGUCACAGUAUCAAUCGCGAUGACUUUUUAGCACAUAUCAUCUCAUUGAAAAAGAAGAAGGAAAUGUCUAAUAUUGAAAUGGUCGCACAUGGCGUAACAUUCUUUUUAGAUGGAUUUGAUACAUCAUCUAUUGGACUUGCACCGAUAUUCUACGAGCUGGGCAAAAACCAGAGAGUACAAAAUAAACUUCGAGAAGAGCUAUUAGCUACAUUCCCAAAUGAAGACGAUAUUACAUACGAUAAGUUGCUAGAUCAUCAAUAUCUCGACAAUGUUAUUUAUGAGUCACUAAGGAUCAAUCCUCCCAUUACUUUCGCAAAUCGAGAAUGUUCUGAAAAUAUUACACUGGAAUUAAACAACAAAAAUAUAACAAUUGGGAAGGGAGAGAAGAUCAUUAUUCCAUUAGUUUCCAUUCAACAAGAUCCAGAAUACUUUCACAAUCCAAAAGAAUUUAUUCCUGAAAGAUUUGAUCAUGGCAUUAAAGAAUAUAGAGAUAAAGGACUUCUGUUUCCAUUUGGUGAAGGUCCGAGAGAGUGUCUUGGAAAGAGAUUUGCUCUAUUACAAGUCAAGAUUGCUAUUUACUCCAUUAUUCGAAACUUUGAAAUUUCAGUGAAUGAGGAGCUUACAGCAAAGAAUUUAGAAAUUGAUCCCGAGGAGCUGUUAAUGAAUGUUAAGAAAGGUGGCAUGUGGCUUAAUUUUAAGAACAUCCCAUGUUAAGAUUAAUUGAUGAAUAUAUUUAUUUGUCAUUAUGGAUAGUUAAAAUUGUGAAUAAAUUGUGAUAUUGAGAAAAAAAAUAAAAAAGCUAUUUUUUUAUGACAUGUUUCGUCAAAUUAUCUGUUGGCAAUGCUGCAGUCAAGAUACGGUCUAACAAAAUUAAAAUAAGUCGUUUAUUAAGCGUUUGAUGCUGUAGCAUCUCAUAAAAGUUUAAUAAACCAAGCUUAGUAGU